AUGCCACAGCCUGACCCACCAGUCCACCCACCACAGAGAGCCAAGAAUGACAUUGUGAAUCUGAAGCUAGCAGAUCUCAAGAAGGCACUCAACGAUGGUGGUGGACGAAAGACUGGAAACAAGGAUCAACUGCGCCGGAACUUGGAGAUUUUGAUCGAUAACCUGUAUCGAAUUGGAUCCUACCCAACGCUCCGGGCUGUUAUCCAGGCCAUUCACGAGGGCAGCGGACGACGGGGACAAUGGGUGGAGAGAACGCAGGCUCCUGCAACCACCUCGAGCACUUCGGUGGUACCACAUCAGUCCUUCAACACCAAUGCUGCAACAUCGCAAGGGCCCUCCAGACCAGGGGCAGCCUGGGAGCUGCCUCCUGACUUCACUCCUGAGUUCAACAUUGCGCCAUACUACUCAAAGGUCAAGCAGCUGGUGCCGCUGCGAAUAUUUGAUGGAGUUACGGUGGAGCACAACCCCUACUGCGAAGAGUUUGAAAUUCUUCGGGACGACCAAACGCGAGUAUUUGCGCCGAAUUCCAACCUUCGUGUUCGUCUCUAUGUCGGGCUGUUCGAGUCCCAUGAGAAGCUAAAGUCAUCGAGCGUUCACAAGAUUCGGUAUCCAAGAGGACCCAAGAUCCAAAUCAAUGGCAAAGACUGGAUCCUAUCAAGUAAAUUGGAAGGUCUGAAAGGAAAGCCUGAUACUGCGCAGGGCGCCGACUUGACACCGUUUCUGCAGUCGAACAAGAAGAACUAUAUCGAUUUGACCCCUGGCCAGAAGUACGGGGCUGACUCGUUCCUCUGCCGGCUGUGCCUCGAACCAAUCUCGUUCCAGAAAUACCUUAUGACCAUCGAUUUGGUCCAGAAGGAGCCGAUCGACAAUUUGAUUGAAAUCGUCCAGAAGCGACCACAUAUAUCCAAGCAAUCCGUUUUGCACAGUCGAAAGGCACAGGCGGAUGAUGAGGACGAGGUGGCAUCUUCAUCCGAAAUCCUGUCACUUCGUGAUCCUGUUUCGAGGGUCCCGAUUCAGGUUGCUGUUCGCUCAUCCGAGUGCAAGCAUAUCCAGUGUUUCGACUGCGAGUCGUUUUUGAGGCUCAACGAAAACAUCAGCACCUGGAAGUGCCCGAUUUGCGACAAAUACGCAUUCUGGACGCUCCUGGCUGUGGAUGAUUACUUUAUGGAGUUUGUCGAGGAGGCCAAUAGACUCCAGAAAGCGGCCGGGGCAUCGCAGGCAGAUUACGAUCAAGUCGAACUCAUGCCUGAUGGGAAUUGGAAGAUCAAAGACAGUUCGAUCGCCAUUCCGGCAGCAGUAACGCCGGUGAAGAAGCGGUCCGUGUCCGAGAUUGUAUCCCUCGAUUCGGAUGACGAUGACGAAAGCGACUCUGCCGCUGAGCCGCCACGGAAAAUAGUUGCAGCAAUUCCCUUACCACCGACGCCGCAGCACCCGCCUCCGCAACCUCCAUCCCAACAGCCCGCGCGCCGCGUGUCCGACACAGCCGCACGACGGCCGCAAGAAUCACUGGUAAUUGAUCUGACACUCUCAGACGAAGAAGAGGGAUCCCCCCCUCCAACAGAGCCCUAUGGCGUGAACAAAUGCAUCGAUUCGGGGACUCGCACAACACAGCAGAAAGGUGAAUGCAUCAGGCCAGUCAUCUCAUACAUUCGCGUAUAG